AUGCAGCGUAAGGGCAGGAAGUCGAAGAUUUCAGAAAGGACCCUAGGGCUGAUGAAGAAGCGACGUGAAAACCCACCUGUCACUUUGUCGGCAAAGCGGACUCUAAACCGAGAGAUCAGUAAACUCGUACGACACGACCUCCGGUGCUCCAAUACUCUUUCAAUUGAAAGAGCGAUCGAGCAAAAUCGGGGGUCAAAAGUGUUCGUACAAUCUCUUGGAAGAAGCCACCUGACAAAGUUGACUACAGAAAGUGGAGAAGUCGUUGCUUCGAAGCCGGCAGUUCUUUUGGAAGUGGAAAGCUUCUAUGGCCGGUUAUACGCUUCGCAUGCAUCUCGACCUGAUCCCGAAAAUGAGGACUCUAGAGCCUCAUUAACACGUCACUACACCGAAGACCUGCCAGAAGUUAGCAUUGACGAAAUCGAGAUGGCUCUUGGACAGCUGAAAAAUGGAAAAGCCCCUGGAGAGCAUGGCGUUACAACAGAGCUGCUGAAAACCGUAAACCCGAGUGUGGUCGUCUUGGUCUUCAAAAAGGGUGACAAGACCAGGUUGAAGAACUUUCGACCCAUAUCCCUUCUAAGCCACGUCUACAAGCUGUUUUCGAGAGUCAUCACGAACCGUCUUGCGCAAAGACUCGACGAAUUCCAACCACCGGAGCAAGCUGGAUUUCGGAGCGGAUAUGGCACCAUAGACCACAUCCACACAGUGCGGCAGAUUAUACAGAAGACCGAAGAAUAUAAUCAGCCCCUGUGUCUAGCAUUCGUGGACUAUGAGAAAGCCCUUGACUCGAUCGAGAUCUGGUCUGUUCUGGAGUCCCUGCAGCGUUGCCAAGUAGAUUGGCGAUACAUCCAAGUGAUGAAAUGUCUCUACGAAGCCGCCACCAUGUCCGUCCAAGUGCAGAAUCAGCAAACAAGGCCCGUACCAUUGCAUCGAGGAGUGAGACAAGGGGACGUUAUUUCCCCGAAAUUGUUCACAAAUGCAAUGGAGGACAUGUUCAAGACGCUGCACUGGAAAGGGCGUGGCAUCAAUAUCAAUGGCGAAUACAUCUCUCACUUGCGAUUUGCAGAUGACAUCGUCAUCAUGGCAGAGACGUUGCAGGACCUACAGCAAAUGCUGAAUGACUUAGCUGACACUUCUGUACGCAUCGGCCUACGGAUGAACUUGGAUAAAACCAAGGUCAUGUUCAACGAACAUGUACUACCGGAACCGAUUGCGGUACACGGUGCCGUUCUCGAAGUUGUUCAAAAUUAUGUGUACCUCGGGCAGACAUUGCAGUUAGGUAGAAACAACUUCGAGGACGAGGUGAACAGAAGAAUUCGGUUGGGUUGGGCAGCGUUUGGGAAGCUACGUCGAGUCUUCUCAUCGUCGAUCCCACAGUGCCUUAAGACGAAAGUCUUUAAUGAGUGCGUCCUACCCGUCAUGACAUACGGAGCUGAAACGUGGACACUUACGGUACGGCUGGUCCACAAGUUCAAAGUCGCUCAACGUGCUAUGGAAAGGGCUAUGCUCGGCGUUUCUCUAAGGGAUCGCAUCAGAAAUGAGGUGAUCCGGCAGAGAACUAAGGUCACCGACAUAGCGUACCGGAUCAGCAAGCUGAAGUGGCAGUGGGCUGGCCAUAUUAGCCGCAGAACCGAUAACCGUUGGGGAAAACGAGUUCUUGAGUGGAGACCGCGUCUCGGCAAACGUAGUGUAGGACGCCCACAGGCCAGGUGGAGUGACGAUUUGCGCAAGAUGGCUGGCAGGAGCUGGAUGCGAGAAGCCCAAAAUCGAUCUAAGUGGCGUGCAAUGGGAGAGGCCUAUGUCCAGCAGUGGACUGCGAUAGGCUGA